CCCACUCCCACAAAUUUUCAGGUUCAGUGGCCCUUUUGUAGCAAUGAAGUACAGUAAUUGCAUUGAUGAAUGGUCAACUGACGACUUUAUGGUGCAACUUCAGCAUUUUUGUGAUGCAUCAACCGCAUUUAUGCACUUUGUUAUUCCAUUGGAACUUAUCUAUUUCAUCCGAAUGUAUAAAGUUUUUCCUAGCAAAUUGGCAAUCAUUUAUUUUGGAACUUUCUCCAUUCUCUGUGGGGUAAGUUAUUUGACUGACUUGUGGAGAUACUCUCGGUACUAUAAGUACUCAGAAACUUCUGCUUUGGUGAUAAAGAUUGUGCAAGUUUGUGCUGCUGUGGCAUCAUGGUUGACAGUUGUGGUUAUGUAUUUUGUGACACCAAAAUUUUUAAGAAUAAGAGAAAAUGUACAUCUUCUCGAGAACAGGGUUGAUGAUCUCAGUAGAAAAAAAAGCCUUCUGCUUCGUAAAGUAGCAACAAGAAGAUCCAUUGUAAACCUAAUAGAUGUUAUUCGAAGCACCGUUUAUGGGUACGACAUUGUUGAGUCAACUCUUGUUGGGCUGGGAAAGAUUUUCGACUUGGAGGAAUGUUCAUUUUGGUUUCCAUCGCACACUAAUAAAAGCCUGCAGCUUUCUCACUCUUUGAACCACGUAUAUUCUGUUGGUUCUGUUGUGCCUAUGAACCUUCCUUUUGUUUCCAAAAUCAUUAAUGCUGUUGGGGCCGUGAGGAUACCGUACACCUGUCCCUUGGUGAGGGCAAAUAAAUGCACCAAGAGAGCCAUGAAGUUUGAGGCUGUGGCCAUAAGAGUACCUCUUUCAUUCUCUGAAUCGGAUGACUCACUUAAUGCUUGUGUGAUGAGCUAUGCAGUGAUGGUUCUGGUUCUCCCUCCAGAUAAUAUCAGGAAGUUCCGUAAGUAUGAACUGGAACUUCUGGGAGCUGUUGUAAAACAGGUAUCAGUUGCACUUGGUCAUGCUUCAACUAUCGAAGAUUCAUUUAUGGCAAGGUAUCAUCUUAAGGAGCAACUUUCUUGUAAGGAGGUGGGUUAUGGGGCAUCAUGA